UUGGACAUGGGCAAUGACCGUAACCCCUGAACGACAGGAAUGGGCUUAUUCUGGGAAGCAGGACGUCGUGUGCAAACUUGGGGUUGAACGAAGGGGUAUAAAACCUGGACUGGGCGGUCCGAAAACAUUCGGGAGCAGAGGUCAUCUUCACGGUUCUCGCUGUCCGAACUGCAAGCAUACAUCCACCUUGAUUGCCUGGUUGAAUGGACCUCGACUUCGGUGCCCCGACUUUUGUCCCAUCCAGUUAUCGCUCGAAGCAUCAAGUGAUUCAGUACCGAAGCAAACGAUGGCCAAAUGCAGUGUUAGAGUUUGCAUUCAAAUCUACAAACAAGAAGGACCCCAGUAUCCAGUACUACAGAUGCACGAGCUGUUAUCGCCUGAGCAGGUUGGCGAGGGGAACCAACGAAACCUCGUCUGUUGCCCACGUCACGCUGCAAAACGGCGUCAUGAGGACAGACCCGGAUCAUCCAUCGACACCGCACAGCUGUGACCCCGCCGAGGAUGCAGAGGCGGCCACAGUCCUUUCCAGGCGUUACAUGUAUGAAGUCCGAACAGACGUACGGACCAGCAGAAAGAGACCUCGGCAGGCAUUCGACGAAGCAGUGUCUGCUGUACAGGUCAGGUUUCAAGAUGACGACGCGAGUCUUCAAAAUGACAUCAAACGCCAGAUGAGCACCAGCUACGGUUUUGCCUCCAAAAGACGUGCGUUGUCGCGCAAUCGACACGCAAACAUUCCGAAGGGAAACUCCAUUGACGCCAUACUUCCGGAGCUGCGAAUUACGAAGGAUGGCCAGCAAUUUCUUCAACUGGAAGACAAGACUGAAGGGAGGAGACUGCUCGUAUUUUACGCCGAGAAGGACCUGGACGCCUUCGCAAACACGGAGUACAUCCUGGGGGAUGGCAACUUCAAGUAUAAUCCAUCCGAAUUUCACAGCCCUGGACAGCUGUACAGAAUACAUUGUACGCAUUGA